UUCCAAGACUCGGAAACACCGCAGUAAACCAACCAGAAAAAGCAACAAGAUGCCUUGCAAGGGAUGUGGAAACAACUGCCAGUGCUCAGCCGGAAAGUGCGGAAGUAACUGCGCCGGAAACAGCCAAUGCCAAUGCGCCGCCAAGACGGGAGCCAAGUGCUGCCAGGCCAAGUGAUUGCCGACUACACUUGGAUUAGGUUGAAUAGUUUCUAAUAGUUGUUACAAAUCUCCGACUGACAUUGAAUAAAACCCAUAUAAUGUGGUUAUCUUAAUUUA